GAGAAAUAGAGCGAGAGAGAGAGAGAGAGGAAGGGAGAGAUGACCGGAAUGGUGAUGAUUACAAAGAGUGUUGGUUGCAGAGGAGAAGAGGGUGAUGGGAAGGGAACACAAACAGAUGAGCAGCAGCAAAACCAGCUCUCCCUCUUCGCAUUACUCAUAUCUGCUCUGAGGAGAUCUAUGGUCUCUUGCCGAGUCGAACGUCAUGAAGAUUCUGUCUCCUCCACCACCACCACCACCACCACCACCACCACAACCACCGUCCAUCACAUGGAUAUUGGAUGGCCUACCAAUGUUCGCCACAUCACCCAUGUUACCUUCGACCGCUUCAAUGGCUUCCUCGGCCUCCCCGUUGAGUUCGAAGUUGAGAUCCCCUGUCGAGUCCCCAGCGCCAGUGCUAGUGUAUUUGGUGUCUCUGCAGAAUCAAUGCAGUGUUCUUAUGAUUCCAAAGGGAAUAGUGUGCCCACUAUUCUCUUGCUAAUGCAGGAAAGGUUAUACUCUCAAGCAGGUCUAAAGGCAGAAGGGAUAUUCAGGAUAAACCCAGAGAAUAGCCAAGAGGAGCAUGUUAGGGACCAGCUGAACAGGGGUAUUGUACCAGAUGACAUUGAUGUACACUGUUUGGCCGGCCUGAUCAAAGCUUGGUUCCGAGAGCUCCCGGAGGGAGUUCUGGAUGGUCUUUCCCCAGAGGAAGUUCUUCAGUGCAACACAGAAGAUGAGAGUGUGGAGCUGGUGAAGCAACUCAUGCCAACUCAGGCUGCACUACUUAACUGGGCAAUUGGACUUAUGGCUGAUGUCGUCGAGGAAGAAGAAUCCAACAAGAUGAAUGCAAGAAACAUUGCAAUGGUUUUUGCACCAAACAUGACUCAGAUGUCUGAUCCGUUAACAGCUCUUAUGCAUGCUGUUCAAGUUAUGAACUUGCUCAAGACCUUGAUUAUAAGAACACUAAGGGAACGCGAGGAGAUUGCAACAGGAGGAUACUCGCCUUUCUCAUCUCAUUCAUCUGGUCAGCACACUGAUGAGGACUAUGACAGUCAUCAAGAGAUGAUGGAUACAAGCUGUGAAUUGAGAGGGCCAACUUCAGAUUAUGAUGAUCAUGCUAACUACAGUCAAAGUAGCGGAGAUGAAGAUGAAGACGAAGACGAAGAUGGAGACAAUUCAUCAAAUCUGAUUGAGGAAUGCUUCUUGAGGCAAUUGGAUGAGAACGAAGUGCCCACACAUGAUUGCCCCGAGGAAGCCGAAGGAAACAUGGGAGUGGAGCACCUCCGUCACAGUGGCUGUUCUGGCUUCAACACAGAGUCUGCUUUUUCAUCAUCAAACAGUAAAUAUGGGAGUUCAGGCUUGAGCACAAGCGAUGUAGAGGACUCUGGGAUAAGUGAGAUCUCUAUGGGAGAGUUAAACAGUGCAAAGGCCAUUUUAGAAUGUUGUCAAGAGACCCAAGACAGUAGUAGAGCUGUGGAAAUGUUAGACAAGCAGAAGGAAUCCUCAUGCGCUAUUUCCUUGCCAGUUAUUGUGUCUGGUGAUUCUGGGUGAUUGGGUAAAGUUUUUGCAGGUUUCGAUUUGUUCCUCAGCUGUUGCUGUAUCUGUAAAUUGUACACUUCAUUCGACAGGCUUCCAUCAAACAUUUUGAUUGAGAGUGGUUUGUGGUGGAUUUGCAUGGGCAGACCUGGUUCGGUUCUGGGCUGAUUUUGUGUUUGUUUCUGUAUUCCUCAGUAUGACAGGAUUUCUGUUUUAAGCCUCUUCUUCAUAUUCACUAUCUAUAUCAAAGAUGUAAUUUACAAACGGUUGAGAGUGGUC